UGUUAAUUAAGCGCAACUGCGACGCAAAAAGGCGGAACGAAUUUUACUUCAUCGAAGAGAAAAAACGUUUUUACUUUUCGCUGCAACAAAGUAUUUAAAGUUUGUUUUUCUCGUUGAAUAAAUAACCAGAGAAUGUGCAUCUGAAAAUUGGAAAUAACCGCGUAAUCAGUGAACAAAAAUCGAAGUAUUUGUGUUCCGUGUGCGUGCAAAGAAAACUCUUGCAAAAAUUUUUGCAGCUUCAACUGCGUAGAAGCCAGGGAAAACACACGUUAAUUAGUUUUUACCCACGCCGCAGAAUCUUUGAUUCGAGGAAAGUCCGGGGACCCAACGCUAAUUAAUCCUGGGACUUACUGGCUUCGCAGCUCAGAAAAAUUCAGGAGGCUGGAAAUGCAUUAAACAAGUGGACACGACUCCGCUCGUAAAUUAUUGAAGACAACCCCGUGAAAAUGCUAAAUUGAAGAUUGCACAAUUCUGAAAUUGCUAUCGGAGAUCAUGUCGAACCUCCUCCACAUGGACAAGUCCAAUGGCAAUGGCGUCUAUGCGGUCAGGCCAAACAGCAGCGGUGGUGGCCACAUGGACAACGAUAAUGGUGCUCCUGCCACCACCUCGACCACAACAACAGCAGCGGGAACAGGUGCAGCUACGGCCAUGAUGGCUACGACAAACAACAUAAGCAUAAUGAACGGAGCUGCCGCCGCAGCCGCAGCUUCCGCUUCCGGUCUGCCCACUUCCGCCUCCAGCGAGGACCUCAGCCAAAGCCUGUCCGAGUAUACGGACGCCGACGAGAGCAUAUCCGCGCCCACUGAGUUUCUAGCCGAGUUCCUGUCUGCCGUGAUGCUGAAGGACUACAAAAAGGCAUUGAAAUAUUGCAAAUUGAUUCUCCAGUACGAGCCCAACAAUGCCACGGCCAAAGAGUUUUAUCCCCUCAUCCUGGACAAGCUGAGGGCAGUGACCACAUCCAGCGACAGCGAUGAGAACUAUAAUAAAUCUUCAUCACCAGACCUGGCGUUGGAUCUGCAUGCCUCCGAUGUGGAGGCGGAUGCCGAUGGCGAUGGUGAUGCAGACGGAGAUGCGGAUGCGGAUGCAGACGCUGAUGGCGAUGGCGAUGGCAGCGAGAGCAGCAACAAUUGCUCCGAGGAGGAGGAUAAUGGAUGGGGUGACGACGAGAUUGACAACGUUGAUGUGAUGGAUGGCGAGGAGGAGAGCAGCAGCAGUGGCGAUGACUUCGAGCUGCCCAUCGACGAUGCAGGGCAGGAUCCAGCUGCCUUGGCAGUACACACCCAUCACUCUCACACCCACUCGCAUUCCCAUUCGCACAACGAUUCCGGAUCCUCGAGGAAUUCAUCCAGUGGCGGAGGCGGUCGCAGCGACAAUACCACACAUUCCUACUCCAGUUUGCUGCUGGAGGAGGAGGACGACAUUGUGCCCGUAAGCCUCAACUUUGCUAAAGAAAACCCGGCAGCUGACCUGGACGUGAGCAAUGGCAACAAAGUGCCCUCCGCCUCCUGCAGCGAUUCGGAGUCCCCAACAGAACCGCUCACCCAGCGCCUGGCGGCCAUCCUUCUCUCGAAGUGCGGUGUAUCCGGCGGUGGGUCAGAUGACCCCUACUAAACAUAUAUACAAUUAUAAACUUAAUCCAACACUGUGCAGGAAUAUUUUUUUUGGGUAUGGAUACUUCUUGCGAUCUGCUUACAGAAUGAUAAAGACAGUUUGAGUUUUUAUCUGCUGCACAGUGGCAUCUAUAUAUUCUUGUAUAACUCUAUAAAGACACUCCACCCUUUUGCCCGGCUAGUCUCUCCACUAGUGCGAUCGCUUUACGAACCUAGAAACCGUCCCUAACUACAUACUCUCGUAUCUUGUAUCUCCAAUUGCAAAGUUUUCUCCCUAGGACAAACAUAUCGUACAAACUCUAUAAGUACUUAUAUACAUCAAUAAAUAUUUAUACUAUACAUAUAUUGUACAUGUUGAGCCUAGAGGUAGCCACAGAGCCCAAUAAAGAUAUACUCGAUAAUGUAAGCUGCAUAUGGCGAGGGAUUAGGUGAUUAUAUACACACACACAUGGAAUGCGAAACAGAAUCAAUAUAGAUUUACAUAGAUUUACACGUAUAUAUUUUAGUAAGACACCCAUUCAGAACGCACAGGACUUGGAAUGCUUUACAUACUUGCAUUUGAUAGAGAUCGAUUUUUUCCCCGGUAUAAAGAAGGAGAGAUACGGAGCUAUAAGGAUAAGUCUGAUAUGUCUGUGGAGCAGACACAGGAUGAACGAACGAACGUGGAACUACAACAGAAAUGGUCCAAAGUCACAAAACUACGUAGAAGAUUGUAAAUAUAUAUAUAUUUUGUAUUAAUUAAGCCUGUACUCGAGUCUUUAUAUUCGUUCGAUUACGUUGUAUGAGUUGUUGAGGGAAUAACACCCCCGGUAAUAAACCUUAUACUCAAUAUUAUUCAUAUUAAUAUUUGUAUCUGAAAUGUGUAGCUCUUGGAUAAGUUUUCCUAACUGUAUUGUUGAAUUAUAUAAUCCGAAUGGUCUGUAAGUUUAUGAAGGACAAUUGUAAUAAAAUGUGGCAAGAAAGCUGGAAAACAAUUUGCAUUUU